AUGGAGAUAAUCAGGAGCAAUUUUAAGAGUAAUCUUCACAAAGUGUACCAGGCCAUAGAGGAGGCGGACUUCUUUGCCAUCGAUGGGGAGUUUUCAGGAAUCAGUGAUGGACCUUCUGUCACCACAUUAACAAAUGGUUUUGACACUCCAGAAGAGAGGUAUCAGAAGCUCAAAAAGCAUUCCAUGGACUUUUUGCUGUUUCAGUUUGGCCUUUGCGCUUUUAAGUAUGACUGCAUACAUUCAAAGUAUGUAAUAAAGUCAUUUAACUUCUACGUUUUCCCGAAACCCUUCAAUAGAUCCUCACCUGAUGUCAAAUUUGUUUGUCAGAGCUCAAGCAUUGACUUUCUAGCAAGCCAAGGAUUUGAUUUCAACAAAGUUUUCCGCAAUGGAAUUCCAUAUUUAAAUCAGGAAGAAGAAAGACAGUUAAGAGAGCAGUAUGAUGAAAAACGUUUACAGUCCAAUGGUGCAGGAGCUCUAUCAUAUGUGUCUCCUAACACAUCAAAGUGUCCUGUGACGAUUCCUGAGGAUCAGAAGAAGUUUAUUGACCAAGUGGUAGAGAAAAUAGAAGAUUUGUUACAGAGUGAAGAAAAUAAGAACUUGGACUUAGACCCAUGCACUGGGUUCCAAAGAAAACUAAUUUAUCAAACUUUGAACUGGAAGUAUCCCAAAGGCAUUCACGUUGAGACUUUAGAAACUGAAAAGAAAGAGCGAUACAUAGUUGUCAGCAAAGUGGAUGAAGAAGAACGCAAAAGAAGAGAGCAGCAGAAACAUGCUAAAGAACAGGAAGAACUGAAUGAUGCUGUGGGAUUUUCUAGAGUCAUUCAUGCCAUUGCUAAUUCGGGCAAACUUAUUAUUGGACACAAUAUGCUCUUGGAUGUUAUGCACACAGUUCAUCAGUUCUGCUGUCCUCUGCCUGAGGACUUAAAUGAAUUUAAGGAGAUGACAACAUCUGUUUUCCCCAAGCUCUUGGAUACUAAAUUGAUGGCCAGCACACAACCUUUUAAGGAUAUCAUUAAUAACACAUCCCUUGCAGAAUUGGAAAAGCGGUUAAAAGAGGCACCUUUCAACCCUCCUAAAGUUGAAAGUGCAGAAGGUUUUCCAAGUUAUGACACAGCUUCUGAACAGCUCCAUGAGGCAGGCUAUGAUGCUUAUAUCACAGGACUGUGUUUCAUCUCCAUGACAAAUUACCUAGGUUCUUUUCUUAGUCCUCCAAAAAAUCAUGUGCCUGCCAGUUCAAAACUCAUUGAACCUUUUAUCAACAAGUUAUUUCUUAUGAGAGUCAUGGAUAUUCCCUAUCUAAACUUGGAAGGACCAGACUUACAACCUAAACGUGAUCAUGUUCUCCAUGUGACAUUCCCCAAAGAAUGGAAAACCAGUGACCUUUACCAGCUUUUUAGUGCCUUUGGGAACAUUCAAGUAUCAUGGAUUGAUGACACGUCAGCAUUUGUUUCUCUCAGUCAGCCUGAGCAAGUACAAAUUGCUGUCAAUACCAGCAAAUACGCAGAAAGCUAUCGGAUUCAGACCUAUGCUGAAUAUGUGGGGAAAAAACAUGAGGAGAAGCAGAUCAAGAGAAAGUGGCCAGAAGAUAGUUGGAAGGAGAUUGAGAGAAAGCGAUUAAAUCAGUGCAUAUCCUGUGCUCUGCAGAAUCACUAUUACUGCACCAAGAGUCCUACAGCUACCAGCACAGGAAGAAAGAGAAAGCUGAGCCUCAGUCAAGCAGAAGCUGGCUCGGAGGUGAGAGAGACUUCUGACCUUGAAUUUGAGCAGACAGAUUCCUGUGCUGAACCCCCCACCGAGGGAAGGAAAAAGACCAAGAAAUUUAAAAAAAUGAAGAAGGACCUUUCUCCAGCAGGAAGCAUCUCAGACAGCUCUGCCAAGCUCUUUGAAGUUCCCGACACGUGGUAG